AUGGAUGAAAAAGACAGUAACUUCAUCAAUCCCAUUCCGUGCCCGGCAUAUACCAACACACCCCAAGAAUCUACUCCCGAAGCAGCCUGGAAGCACCUUCCACCAUAUGAGGCGCAAGCCGAGGAGGAAUUCGGCCCCAUCAAGUGGCGUGGAAAGUGCCUCUGUGGAAAGGCCACUUACAUCUUGAAGCGAGAGAAACCACUCAACGCCAAAUUUUGUCAUUGUCGGGUGUGUCAGGUCACGCACGGUGCUCCUCUUCAAUGGGCAGCUAUUUUCCACAAGCACGACAUGUCAUUCACCAGUGGCACGAGAAAUCUAGUAUUUUAUUCUUCGACGCAUCAAACCCAAAAGCAUAUGUUGCCUACCAAGGUGUCUUGUGCCAAUUGUCGGACACCGAUCAUGGACGAAGGCCGGAAUAUGUGUUUGAUCUUUCCUGAACUGAUUGAGAUUGAGGGAUCCACUAAGGAGCAAAGAGAGAAGAGGGAGGUAUUUAAGCCAACGUGUCAUAUCUUUUACGAGUCACGCAUGCUAGACUUCCACGACGGUCUCCCUAAAUGGAGUGGAAUGGAGAAUUCCAGUGACCAGAUGGACGAUGGUGAGAUCUGA